AUGAGAAACCCACGAUUUGCACUUUUUACAUUAUUUUUUUGCAUUUUCGGCACAAGCAUAUUAUUAGUAGCGUCGCAGCGAUCCGCUCCGGAUGAUAACGACAAAAUUGAGGAUUAUCACUCAUACGGUGAGCCUGACGAUAUUGAUGACGACGAUUUUGAUGAUGAUGACUUUGACAUGUUCAGUUCUUUUUUCACUGAUAUUAUCUUUAACCGUAACCAUACCACCCUUACCCUUACCUUUCUAAGCACAUCGCAAGAUACCGCUUCUUCGUUUGCCAUAAAUAUCCUCACACAAUUAAUGCGAGAUGGUCACAUAACUGAUGCAGUGCUACCUUGGAACACUGGCAGACCACUUCUACUCAGAAUUAAUCAGACAACUACAGGAUAA